AUGUUCCCGACUUGCGGCCAGCCGGUGUCUCGCGUGUGCGCCGGCAGCGCAUUCGGCCCUCUGGCGGACUUGAGGCGCGCCCUGCCCAUCGGAACGGCAUUCUGCAGGAGCGAGGCUGCCCAUUGCGCAUCUUCCCUUGCAGCCCACGGCGGAACGCCCCCUCUGGAGGCGCUUAACUGUAGAGAGUGGGCGGGCCUGGGCCCUUGGCGAAACGGGGAGGUGGAUCAGCGCCGGGGUUGGGGGGCCAAGGGCCCGACGGCGGAUGUCGUCGCGCCAGGCGCCGCUGAGUUCGAGGCCGAGUGGAGGCAGCAGCUGCCGGGGUCCCUGGCCGAAUGCGGGCGGCUGGUGCUGGACACUGCGGAUCCGAUGCGCAAGGCCGCCCUGACGCACCGCAUCUGGGAGGCAUGGAAUGAGGGAAAGGUCAAGCACGUAGGUACAAAAGGGCCCAGGAGGACGCGCACACCUGUUUUUCCGGCGAUCACAGGCUGCAGCGGCUGCAAUCGCAGGUUCAGGAUUGGGCGCGCUGAAGUUGCGGUUGUUGACGCGUGUCGAUUCUGGCGCCCCGGCCAGGUGCAAAUGCAGACGGCAGUUUUCAAUGCGAGUUGGGCUGUCCUGGGGCAGCAUUUUGCUGGUGAUUCAAGGGACAACAUAAACUAG